AUGGAACAAAUCUUGUCAUUUUCCCCCUUCCUGCAGAAUUUUGAUUUUCAUUUCUGGGCUCCUACAUUUAAAUGGGGUAUCAGCAUCGCCAAUGUUGCAGACUUUGCAAAACCACCUGAAAAGAUAUCCUAUCCUCAGCAAGUUGCUGUGGCUUGCACUGGGAUCAUUUGGUCACGCUACAGCAUGGUUAUCACACCAAAAAACUGGAACCUGUUCAGUGUUAAUGUUGCAAUGGCCGGUACAGGCUUGUAUCAGCUUUCACGCAAAAUAAGGCAAGACUACUUUUCUGAUGAGAAGGAAACCGCCGCGUCGCUUGAAGGAUGA